GACACGGCCAGAGCACUGAGAGAUAUCAGGUAUUGAUGUAACUGGAGUGAAUAAGGGAACCUUCUUCCUGGGCACAGACAUUGGAGCCUGUUAUCAGCAUGAACUCAUAUGUGUUAGACAAACACUUGAAUAGUUCAUAUACAUCCUUCACUACAGGAAGCAUCAGAAUGAUACCGCAAACUCCAAUAGUCUUAGACACCAAUGACUAUUCACAAACAUUGAGGAAAUCACAGCCGAUAUUUAAAGGAGAUGAUGAAUUGGCAGGAACUGGGCAGCAAUCACUAUGUACAGAGAGUAAUUUAGUCAUCAAACAAGAGGACAACAUUUAUGCCUUAUCUAGUGAAAUUAUUAUCCCUGAGGAUAAACCACACACAUUUACUGAGUUUUCAAAACAUUGUAAAGAAGGGAAAAGUCUACAGUCUAGCCAAAUGAUUCAUACAAAGGAGAAACCUUUCAAAUGUACAGAAUGUGAGAAAAGCUUUAGAUGGAAGUCUCGUCUACUAGAACACCACAAAAUUCACACAGGUGAGAAACCACACACAUGUACUGAGUGUGGCAAAAGUUUUACACAAAUGAAUCAUCUGAAAACUCAUAAAAAGAUUCACACAGGAGAAAAGCCUUUCACAUGUACAGAGUGUGGAAAAGGUUUUACAGAAAAGGGUAGUCUGAAAAAGCAUAAAAUGAUUCACACAGGAGAAAAGCCUUUCACAUGUACAGAGUGUGGAAAAUGUUUUACACAAAAGAGUGAUCUGAAAACUCAUGAAAUGAGCCACACAGGGCAAAAGCCUUUCACAUGUACAGUGUGUGGAAAAUGUUUUACAAAAAAGAGUAGUCUGAAAAAGCAUGAAAAUAUUCACACAGGGGAAAAGCUUUUCACAUGUACAGAGUGUGAAAAAAGUUUUACACGAAUGGAUCAACUGAAAUAUCAUGAAAUGGGUCACACAGGAGUAAAGCCUUUCACAUGUACAGAGUGUGGAAAAAGUUUUACAAGAAAGAAUCAUCUCAAAACUCAUGAAAUGAUUCACACAGGAGAAAAGCCUUUCACAUGUACAGAGUGUGGAAAAUGUUUUACAAAAAAGAUUAGUCUGAAAAAGCAUGGAAAUAUUCACACAGGGGAAAAGCUUUUCACAUGUACAGAGUGUGGAAAAAGUUUUACAGGAAAGAAUAAUCUGAAAAUUCAUCAAAUGAUUCACACAGGAGUAAAGCCUUUCACAUGUACUGAGUGUGGAAAACGUUUUACACAAAUAAGUAGUCUGAAAUAUCAUGAAAUGAGUCACACAGGAGAAAAACCUUUCAAGUGUACAGAGUGUGGAAAAAGUUUUACACUUAUGAGUAGUCUGAAAACUCAUGAAAUGAUUCAUACAGGAGAAAAGUCUUUCACAUGUACAGAGUGUGGAAAAAGUUUUACAGAAAAGUGUAAACUGAAAAGGCAUGAAAGAAUUCACACAGGAGAAAAGCCUUACACAUGUACAGAGUGUGGAAAAAGUUUUACACAAAAAGGUCAUAUGAAAACUCAUGAAAGGAUUCACAAGGGAAGAAAACUUUCACAUGUUUAGAAAGUGGAAAAAAGUUUUUUCUUAAAUGAUUGACAUCUGGGAGAUAUAUUUAAUGUGCACAUCAUGUGGAUAAACCUUUUCUUUCAUGUAAUUGGCAAGAGUCCAUGAGCUAGUGACGU